AUGGCUCCGGCGAAACCCACCAACGCAAUUUUCGUCUUCUUCGCCACCGUACUCCUUCUCUUCAAUGUGGCUGUUGUAACCCCCAAAUCAACAAUCGAACCAUGCUCAAACAACGACUCCUGUAACGCACUCCUCGGCUACACCCUCUACACCGACCUCAAAGUCUCCGAACUCGCCGCCCUUUUUCAAAUCGACCCUAUUGUUCUCCUUUCUGCUAACUCCAUAGACAUAUCUUACCCUGACGUCGAAUCCCACAUCCUACCCUCGCAACUAUUCGUCAAAAUCCCCAUUACCUGCUCUUGCGUCGAUGGCAUUCGCAAAUCCGUCGCUACACAUUACAAAACUCGUCCUUCUGACACGCUGUCCAACAUCGCUGACUCCGUGUACGGCGGACUUGUGUCCGCCGAUCAGAUUAAGGAGGCGAAUUCGAUAUCGGAUCCGUCUGUGCUUGAUGUAGGGCAGAAUCUUGUUGUGCCUUUGCCUUGUACUUGUUUCAAUGGGACGGAUAAUUUUUUGCCGGCGAUAUAUAUGUCGUAUGUGGUGAGACCGGUAGAUACGUUGGCGGGGAUCGCGGCGAGAUAUAAGACGACGACGACGGAUCUUAUGGGUGUUAAUGCUUUGGGAAAUGCAGCCAUUGAAGAUGGAGAUAUUCUUGCUAUUCCUUUAUCAGCUUGUUCUUCAAACUUCCCAAAAUAUGCAUCGGACUAUGCUUUGUCUGUACCCAAUGGAGGCUAUGCCAUCACCGCAGAUCAUUGUGUGCAAUGUAGUUGCACACCAGGGAGCAGGUUAUAUUGCCAACCCGCUUCAUUGUCAGUUUCUUGUUCAAGCAUGCAAUGCAAAAGCAGUAACCUCAUGCUAGGAAAUGUUACGGUUCAGCAGAGUAGUGCUGGCUGCAAUGUGACUUCUUGUGGUUAUGGUGGCUUCGUCAAUGGAACAAUAAUCACUGCGUUGUCGACUUCUCUUCAACCACGAUGUCCAGGGCCACAGCAGGUUCCACCGCUUACUGCACCACCCACGGUGGUGAGCCCAGGCAUGGCAUUGGCUCCAUCCCCUUCACCUUCCCAAGUUGGCGGUGCACCAGGUGUGGGUCUUCCAGGGUCAGUGGUGCCAUCAACCAGCUCAAGCAUAGUACUACCUCCAUCCGCAAAUGGGCCUAGUGGAAGUUUCUCCGGUGGUUGCUCUUUGGUGAACCCAUUGUUCAGUUCCUCCAUAGCCAUAGGUCUAGUUUUGUUUCUCAAGGUGAUGCUUCCAUUCUUGUAAUAUUUUUCUAGAUUCCCAUCAAGGUACAAACAUGUGUCUGUUGUAUAUUUAAGCUCGAUUUCUGCCCGAAAAGACGCUUUUACACGGGGUUCCACUAUUUUGUUUCGUUUAGGUUGGGAUAUGAUGCAAGAAUGAGAUGAGGUUGUGGUCAGUUUUGGAACUUAACAUUUGAUCAAAUGAAUCUUGAUGUUCUCAUUUGUCUUGUGGACUGUAUAUAUCUAGAU